ACUCGAGCUUCGAUCGCCAUGAGCAGUUCGAUCUUUAGGGCCUCCUGGCUGCUCUGUCCACUGCUACUCUGCGUCGCGAAUGCCGCUGAUUAUCGGCUGGACGGCAGCGUCGUACCAACGCACUACAACCUGACCAUCGGCGUGUUGCGGAACUCUGCCGAGCCCACCAUUUUCGAUGGCGAAGUGAGCAUUACCUUGCGGGUGGUCGGUGCGUUGGAGGUGCAACAAAUCAUUCUACAUGCUGAUACGCUCGACAUUACGGAAUGCUGGCUUUUGGAUGCGGCUGGUGCACGGGUGGAGGCCAUCGAUAUCAGCCGGCUGAUUUAUGAGGCCGCCACCCAACAGGUGAGGGUUCCGCUGACGCAGGCCGCGCAGCCAGGGCAGGAUUAUACGCUUGGGUUCAAGUACACCGGGCACAUACGAACGGACAUGGCCGGCUUCUUCUCCGCUAGCUAUGUGGCGCGGGAUACCAAUGCAACCAAGUGGCUGGCGCUCACCCAGAUGCAGCGCAUCAACGCUCGUUUGGUACUGCCCUGCUUCGAUGAGCCCGCCAUGAAGGCCCAGUUCCAGCUGCAGGUUGUCCGGCCCGACGGGUAUCAGUCCAUUGCCAACACCAGGCUGAAAGAAACGACAGCCAUCAGCCAAGAUCGCUUUGUCGAUCGCUUUGAGGAGACCCCCGUCAUGUCCACCUAUCUGCUGGCCUUCAUGGUGGCCGAUUAUUCCGCCCGUGGAAAUGAGAGUGAAUUCGCAGUGCUCACUCGUCCGGAGUUUUACAACAACACGGAGUUCAGCUACCAUGUGGGUCAGCAGGUGGUGCCAGCCUACGAGGAGUUGUUCCAGAGUCCCUAUGCAGAGCUGGGCAACGACGUGCUCCAGUAUGCCAGUUCGCCCAGAUUUCCGCACAACGGCAUGGAAAACUGGGGCCUCAUCAUCUACAGCGAUGAAGUCCUGGUUCAGGAACCAGGCUACUCGGAUGAUUGGUCGCAUAAGGAGCACGCCAUACGCAUCAUCGCCCAUGAGACCUCACACAUGUGGUUCGGAGACAGCGUGACCUUCUCCUGGUGGAGCUACUUCUGGCUCAAUGAGGCCUUUGCCCGCUACUACGAGUACUUCAUGGCACAUCAGCUCUAUCCGGAGUAUCACUUGGACGAGCAGUUUGUGGUGCGCCAAAUGCAGCUGAUCUUUGGCGCGGAUGCCCGGAACAGUAGUCAACCCAUGACGAGUCCGGAGUCGGAGAUCCAAACCCCCUCCCAGAUUGCCUACAAGUUCAGCGGGAUCGCCUAUGCCAAGGGCGCCUGCAUUGUGCGGAUGUGGCGAAAUCUCAUGGGAGCCCAGAACUUUGACACGGCCAUCAGGAGUUACCUGCAGCAAUAUCACCUGACCACCACUGUGCCCAAUAACCUAUUUUACCAUCUCUUUGAUCACUGGCCAAAGAACCAUGAUGUGGAUCUGGUGGACUUUUUCAGCGAUUACACGGAGCAGGUUGGCUACCCCGUGUUGACUGUGAAGGCUUUACAGGGUAACAAAGUCGUCACUGUGGAGCAGUCGCGGUUCCUGCUCAACAAAGACGAUGGCAGUAAUGCUACACUGAAGUACACAGUGCCCAUAACUUUCACCACUAAUCUGGAACGCAAUUUCUACAACCUGACGCCAUAUAAAUACCUACACAAGCCCGUUAAUGUACUUUGGCUGAGUUUUGACAGUCAAAUCGACUGGAUUUUGCUUAACCUGAGGCAGUCGAACUACCAACGCGUGUUUUAUGACGCCACCUUAAGGGAAGGCCUCCGCUUGGCCAUCUCUGCAUCGAAUUACAGCGGAAUUCCUGUUGAGAACCGGGCUCAACUUAUUGAUGAUCUCUUCAAUUUCGCGCAAGUACAGUAUGUGGACUAUGCUGAGGUAUUCAAGUUCCUGGAAUACCUGGCCAAGGAAGUGGCGUACGUGCCCUGGUAUGCCGUCUAUGAGAACUUGAACACGGUAGCGAAGCGAUUGACGCCUGAACAGCUGCCCGACUUCCGGAUAUAUCUUUCCGACAUCACAGCAGCUGUCUUUGAAGCACUAGGAGUUGGCUGGAACGCCCAGGAUACGCCGCUGGAUGUGGCCAAUCGCAACAAACUGAUCCAAUGGCUCUGCAGAUACCAGGCCAGCAAUUGCAGGCCAAAGGUCAACGUGCAGUUCGUAACAAGCCAUGAAGUACCGUCGCCGGAUUACCGGGCCACCUUCUACUGCGCAGCCAGCGGCGCCGAUUCCAAUGCCUACAACAUGGUGUGGGCUCAGUACUAUCUGGAGAACCGCGCCAGCGAAAAGAAUAUGCUCUGGGCUGCAAUCGGCUGCACAAGGGACUACAGGAAUCACUACCACAAGAUGAUCAUCUCUAGUCCGGAGAGUAUUGAGCAAAAGAAAAUUGGCAUAGCCCGUAUGUACGAGGAGAAUCCUGACUUGGUUCAGCCGAUUUUUGAAAUGAUAACCGAAAACAUCGUGAUUUUGGCGGAUGACUUCCAGAGUUGGUCGCAUACGGCCGAAGUGAUCCAUGACAUGGCGGAGUACUUCACCACCCGGCAGCAGCAGCAGUUGCUCAAGGAGUUCUACGAUAGCAACCACCAGUUGUUCGGUAAAUCGGAAGCGCUGCUCGCCGAGUCCUUGGUCACCGUGGAAAAUAACCUGAACUGGGCGGAUAGCCAUCUGAAGGGACUGGUCAAAUAUCUGGCGGACAGGAAUGGCAGCUCCUGCCUGGGAGCAGCUUCCUUGGCGCUGGUUCUGCUGCUGGCAGUGGGCAGCCUGGGCUCUGGGUUGGCCUGGCUCUGAUUAGCUAAUAGGUUGUGAGGGAAAUAAAGAGAUUGUCGUGGUCAUGCGCUGCGGGAGAAAUG